UUUCUCAUCAAAAAUGCCUUAUCAUGUGAUUGGGAAUAGAGUUUGGAUGUGAAAUUUACCUGUGGCGCACAUGAUUAUAUACGCAUACUACGCAAUAAAUGACUCACAUGACGCCAUAUCUGUCUGCGUGAAUAUAAAAGAAGAAUAUUACUCACGGCAGCAGCAGUUGAGCACCGUAUUCCGAGGCGUAACGUCUCUCGCAUUGCUCUAAUUUUAAUAACGACAUAUACGUAUAAAUAUUUUCUCUCAAGUGACAGUUCGCAUAAUAAUCGCGCAUUAUCAUUUUUUUCACAAUUUCAAUUCUAUGGUGUGAAUAAAAAUCAGCAUGAUAUAUAUAAUCGUGUUAUCGGUGAUCGUGGGUGCUUUAGGCAUAUAUUAUUAUCUUUUUAAAGAUUUGAACUUUUUUAAGAAACAUGGGAUACCGUAUAAGAAACCUCUCCCAUUACUGGGGAACAUGGGAUCGACAUUCUUUCGUCGCGAAUCGGUAGCUGAAUUAAUUAAAUCGAUAUAUGAUUUAUCUCCUAACGCCAAAUAUGUCGGCAUGUACGACUUGACUAGGCCACUCAUAGUACUCCGCGAUCCCGAGCUUAUUAAAUCCGUCACGUUGAAACAUUUCGACAUGUUUAUGGAUCGUCGCUCUUUUAUCGAGGAAAGCCAAGAUCCACUUUUGGGUAAGAAUCUUUCUGCUCUUCGUGGAGAAAGAUGGCGCGAAGUAAGAUCUAUAUUGAGCCCCGCUUUCACGUCCAGUAAAAUGAAAAAUAUGUUCAAGCUGAUGUCGGAUUGCGCCGGCAAAUUUAGUAAUUACUUGGCGGAAAUGCCAGCAGAGAAGAGGAUAAUGGAAAUAAAAGAAGCAUUUACGAGGUACACGAAUGACGUAAUAGCUACUUGUGCCUUUGGCGUCAGUGUUGAUUCCAUGAGAAACCCGAAGAAUGAAUUCUACGUAUACGGAAGAGAGGCAACCGUUUUCAAUACUGUUGCCUUACUGAAGUUUUAUAUAUUUAGAAGCUUGCCUUGGUUGGCACAAAUAAUGAGAUUGAAAUUAUUUCCUGAAAAAAUAACGAAUUUUUUCCGAGAUCUCAUAAAAACCACAAUAAAAACUAGAGAUGAGAAUGGUAUUGUUCGACCAGACAUGUUACAGCUGAUGAUGGAGAAUAGAGAUAAGGAUAAUAGGACAGAAUUGACUAUCGAUGAUAUGGUAGCCCAGGCGUUCAUUUUUUUCUUGGGCGGCUUCGAGAGCAGUUCUGUAUUAAUGUGUUUUGCCGCUCAUGAAAUCGCUGUAAAUCAGGACAUACAAAAAAGACUUCACAAUGAGAUCGAUGAGGUUUUAGAAAAAACAAAUGGACAAGGAUCAUACGAAGCAAUUAAUAGCAUGGAGUAUUUAGAUGCUGUGAUUAACGAGGCCCUCAGGAUGUAUCCGGCUGGUUUAGCGUUGGAUAGAUUAUGCUUAAAAGAUUUCGAGUUACCGCCGACAUUACCAGGAAUGAAAUCCUUUACUCUAAAAAAAGGACACGCCAUAUGGAUACCGAUUUAUGGACUUCAUCACGAUCCUCAAUACUUUAAAGAACCAGGAAAAUUCGAUCCCGAACGUUUUCUUGGUGAGAGAAAAAAAGAGAGUCUCAAUUGCGGAGCCUAUCUUCCCUUUGGUCUAGGUCCUAGAAUGUGUAUAGGUAACAGAUUCGCAUUGCUGGAAACGAAGGUUCUGCUCUUUCAUCUAUUGGCACGUUGCGAUUUCGAGCCUUGCGAAAGGACAUCGAUGCCGCUCAAGCUUUCUAAAGGUGGCUUUACUUUGAAGCCCGAGGGAGAUUUCUGGCUGAAUAUAUCACCAAGAAAAAAUCCACAUCAUACUAUUGCAGUCAAUGUCGCAAAUGGCAAAUUAUAAAACAUAUGU